AUGUCUGGUCCCAUCACUUUGAGAACUAAGAAAGCACUCCUCACACGAUAUUGUAAUAAUUUGAACGAAAUAAUCGCGCAGUACGAAGGGGACGCGUCGCACGAUGAUAUCUCACCGAGCUCUAGAGAAUUUUUGGAACACAUCCACACAGCUAUGCUGGAACUCAAAGCAACAAGUAAACUAGUGGCCGACAAACUUGAUGCUUUCGUUAACGUCAUUGAAGCAAUGGGUGACGCACUCAGCGAAGACCAUGAAGCGCAAGCGCUUGAAUAUAUAGAAAAGGCUCACCUUGCCAUUGAUCGCGCAGAAAAGCUUGCUAUUAAGUUAGAGGCCAAACGCAUUAGUGUUAGAGAAACGGGUAAUCAGCCCAUCAUCACCCGAAAUAGCGGACAGUUGGAAAGAGCAGCACCGAAACUACCCGCUAUUCCAAUACCAACAUUUACCGGAAAGAUAUGGGUCUACGCUAACUUUUGGACGCUUUUUAACGCUAACGUCCAUAGCCAACCCUCCCUGACUAACUUACAAAAAUUCAACUUCUUAAUAAAUGCGCUCAAGGGAGAAGCUCGCGAAAUGGUGAGGCGCUAUCCGGUUACUGAAGAAAAUUAUGAACCUGCCGUUAACCUACUGCAGAAGAAAUACGGCAACGACGCACAAUUAAUAAGCGCCCUACAGUCGCGAUUAGAAAGCGCACGAGCAGAAAACUCAACCACGCAAGCGCAGGGAAAAUUAUUAGAAACGAUAAUCCCAAUCGUGACACAACUAAGAAAACUAAAUAUCGAUUUGAACGGGUCAUAUAAUGCCCAAAAAGUGCUCGCAAAGUUCGCUCUAAGAAUACAGCGUAUUGUUCUGGAGAGCCAAAUAACACCAGACAUGGUUGAGAGUCAGUGGAAGAUGGAGGAGACAAUAGCGGAACCCGACGUCAACAUUACAAUGGAAGAACACGUUAACGACAUGGUAACUAAGAACGCAACUACUACUAUUUACUUGGUAGUGGAUAAGGAGCUAUCUGAGUUUGUACCUUUCUCGAGAUGA